UUUAAUUAUUAAAUGCCAAGGGUAAGGUUUCUGGGGUUUUCAGUAGUUGCAGCUGCAGCAGCUUUCUUCCUCUUAGUAUUGUCUUUCAAUGAGCGGCCUGUAUCUGUUUAUCCAAAACAUUCACAAAUCUACUCAAAUGUUAUACAAGAAGAAUAUGCACCCCACAAUUACAGCUACACCUCAACAAUCAAGGAUGUUAUCAAGCAGCAGGGCGCUUUUAUUGAACAGGCGACAUCUGACUAUCCCUUUCCGAAUAAUUUGAAAUUACAAAAUUUCACCCUGUCAUCGGGAGGAAGGCCUUUGAGAAAUAUUAUUAUAACAACGUGGAGAUCGGGCUCGACAUUUUUAGGCGACAUUAUUAAUGCCGUCCCUGGAAAUUUUUAUCAUUACGAACCGUUGUUAAAUUAUGGAAUUGUUCAAAUACGAGGACCACCAUAUGGCGAUACGGCUGUGAAGAACUUAAAAAAAUUGUUAAAUUGUGAUUAUACAGAUUUAGAUAAUUACCUAGCUUUUGGACAAACGCAUGUCUACUUAUUUACGCACAAUAAGAGAUUAUGGGAUGUGUGUGAGCUGCAUCAAAAGUAUUGCUGGGAUCCGACGUUCCUAAGCGAAUUUUGUAAAUUGUUUCCAUUUCAGUCCAUGAAAGUGGUACGAUUGCGCCUCGAACUAGCAGAAGAACUUUUAAAGGAUGAAUCUUUAAAUGUACGCAUCCUUCUACUGGUACGAGAUCCGCGAGGUACAUUACAGUCCCGGAAACACAGACAUUGGUGUCCAGGAGCUCCUGACUGUGAUCAACCAAAUUUGUUAUGUGAAGAUAUUGCGGCAGACUAUGAAACAGCAAUAAGAUUCCAAAAUGAAUAUCCUACACGAUUUAGGGCAAUUCGUUAUGAAGAUCUCUCCAUUGAUCCCUACCGGCACGUGCAGGAUCUUUUCCAAUUUUUCCAACUUCACUUUCAUCCGUCUGUAAAGGCGUUCCUAGACUCGCAUACGAAACUAAAUUCUGGGGGAACGUCCAGUACAUUUCGCCAUUCGAAAAGUGCACCAUUUCAUUGGCGAACGGACUUGAAUUUUUCAGAAGUUCAAUAUAUUGAAAAGGACUGUGAUCAAGCAAUGAAGUUGUGGGGGUAUGUUAAAGCACACAAUGAAAGUCACUUGCGUGAGUUUAACCCUCUUGAAGUUUACACUGUUGAGUAAUUUGCAAAGUUUAGGAAACUUUUGACUGAUAUUUAAAAUGCAUUUAAAUUAUUGAUAUUAUACCUAAUUUUUUGCACUCUCGGAUCACGAUAGUUAUAUGCAGAGUGUUUUAAUGGGUCAUUAAAAUACUAUUCGCAAAUUUGCAAUUGGGAUGUGAGUUUACCUAUAUUUCAUUACUUACCGACGUCAAACACAAUGUAUGGUGGUAGGUUUUUGUACCUUUUUGAAAUGAUUAUAAUUCCCUGCCAACAGGGGAUUAUCGAUCCACACAAUGGUUUAGCUUUAGAUUAUUAAAAAAUUACAGGGUCUCAAAGUGUUCUUGAGAUAUAUUUGUCCAUUUUGAAAGAGCUGCUAUAUGCAUAAAGAGUAUGGUUGCAUGCCGUUUGCAUAUUUCUAUAACUUUACCACAUCUCAUCUGCAAUUUUGACCACCUACUUUCGGAAUAAUGCUUGUACCUUUGUUUCCAGCAAAAUAGCAUUUGUUCUGACGGUGCACGAAAUAGGAUUUAUUUUAUAUUUCGAAUUAAAUUUGUUGCCAUUAAUUAAUUGAUUGAUAUUAAUUUAGUUAGGUGGUAAGUUAAGGCUUAUUAGAUCUUCCUGUAAGAGUGCAACCAUAUGCCAUUUAAAUUGGGUGCAUAACAUCUAAUUAUUAGAUGUUAAAACUAAUUGCUCAACCAUUGUUCAAUUUAAAACGGUUUUGAUAACUUUGGUUUCUCUGAUUGUGAGGGUUAAACGUACUACAGUGAUAAAAUGAAUAUUUGCUCAAUUAAUGGCAGCUGUUUACUUCUGCAUUGGUAUUGUUUUUUUCUAUACCGUAAAACACGUAGGUAAUAGUAUUAUAUUGUCCUUGUACUAUCAAGGUAAUGACAGACAGCAAUUAUUAAUUUUUAAUUGAUUUGUUGCCACUAUAAAAGUGAACACACAGUGGAAUUGGUAGAAAUAAGGUACUUUUCCCUUGAAAUGUCAAAUAUUGCUUUCGCUUGCAUAUCGUGCCUUAAAAUGCUUAUAUACAAUUAGAAACCCAUAGCCUUAUAUAAUCAUUUCCAAGCAUGUGGUGUGAGGGUUAAAUUGAACUCAGAUCCACAAUGUCCUCGUUGCUGCACAAGUGAAAUAAAAUCAGACUGGAAUAGACCUCCACUUAUUUAAGUACCGUACUUAGAAUCUACAGGAACAAAACAAAGUAAAACUUCAAUCAACUCCUAAUUAAUAAAAAAUGAAAUUAGGAAGAUCACAUACCUACUCUUAAUGAAUCGCACACUCCCCAGGAAAAUAAAUUUACCAUCGUCCACCAAAGGCUUUAAUAUACUUUGCUGCAGUGUCAGUGCUUCUUUCUUAAUUUUUAUCACAGCAACCGCAGCACAUAGGUUUCGCAUUUCCGAUUUUUUUCAAAUUCUUAAGAGGAUUGGAGACCACGUGACUUUUUCAUGCGUAAACAAACUUUCCCCUUACGUCUCCAUCGGAGGUGUUACCUAAAUUCUCAUUGCACUGUAAUCUUACAUCUACCAGCAUAUAUUCAUCUCUGUCACACAUAUUGUAUUCCAGAACUCUCAGAGCAGAACACGCGCGUCCUAGUAGCAUGCGCUGUUUAUACUCUGUGGCAACACUGCUGCGCUUUGACAUUUGAGCUAUAGUAUUCAAAACAAAAUACGAAGGUUAGCUCAAGUUCGACUUUAAAGUAUAUGCAACAAAAAUGAGAGUGCUUAAUUUUUGAAAAAAAAGCAAGAAAAACGUGUAUUCACACGCCACCGAAUGGUGCUUUAGUAGCCAACGAAAAAAUAAAUGUUUAGGCUUGGAAUGUAUGGAAAAUUCUGUUUCUGUUUUGCUUUUUUUUUUGGAAACACUGAAAAAUAUGACCUGUAAUAACACACAAUAAUGUUUUGUACCUACAACUUUACCUUGCAAGUAAUCUAAUUUUUCUGCAGCUUUUUCGUUUUGCUCUCAGGGUCUUAUGUCGAUUUUAUGGAUUUUUACUAUUUUUAACGUAAUUUCUCAUGAUGUUGCAAAUUUCCGCCACUGAGCAAUACACGUUUAUUUGCUUUGCACGAAAGAUCGAGUCAAACCCCUAGGUCAUACCCACUAAGCAGUCGAAUUCGAAACUGCCGUACCGAGAAUGAUAACACGCGGUCCGAAAGCAAAACAAAACCAGGAUACAAUAAUUUCAACUUACUUUUGCUCUUAGGGCGUUCUUCAUCUCGAUAAAUUUAUUCGGCAAAUAAGUGCCUUGACAACGAUUGUAUCUUAUCUAUGUAAUUUAUUCGGAGAAUAAAGUUAUUAAAGGGUCCAGGCCUUCGGUUCAUUCAAAUUUGAAGUUCUGCGUGACGUCAUGCGCGGACUAGACGAAUUUAGAACGGCAAUCUAGUAUUAUCUUGUUUUCAUUAUAUCAUAAAACAAAACGAUUUGUACCAAGAAGCGCGCGGCGCUAUAAUUAGACAACUCUCCGCGGUGUUACCACAUUCGUAGUACCUUUCUUUAUUCAUCACGUACACAAGAUUUUUAUGAUCACGCGCCAUCUAUCAGGUAAAUCUUAUUUGCCUCUAAUUUUGUUAUUGAUUUUACAAUUAAAUAGCGCCGUUUACCGAUAAAUUAGAAUCACAUUGUCGAAAACCGCCUUAAAAUCGAAUUAAAAAUAACGAAGAUAUAGCGAAAAUCGCAUACGAUUGGGGUAUUCAAUCCUCUUAAGCGUAGUUUACACGAUACGAUCUCGGCUACCUGGCUACGAUAAAUCGUAACAAUGUGACUGUCCAAUUUAUUGUUGCAAUAAAUCAAAAGAGUGAGUAUUGUGUACAUAUAACGAUUUCUUGUUCUAAUUUCUUUGUCCAUCACGGUACAAUCCAUCAGUGCCAAAUAGAGGGUACUUGCGACCCUAGGUCAAAUUUACCCGAGCGGCCCGGCCCCUGGGUGGAACUUCCUAGGAGUGAUCGUCAGAGCUUAGCAUUGUGAGCAAGCCAGCUUUGAUAUUAUUACAUGUGGCUUAACUUAUUACUUAUAGCAGCUGGGGACAACGCUCUGUUGACGCUGCUGGACAAAUAUGCGACAUUUACGCCGUAGCGUAGCCUCACUUAGAUUUUUUGCUUUGCCACAAGCCUAAUAAUUCCCCAAUACUUUGCAUGCGAGAAUAACUAUCGGACAAAUUUUCUAUUUUCCAGGAAAUUUGUCCAAUGGAUAUUCUCUCACGAACAGGGGAUUGUGCAGGGGUGUACUAAGUAUAUGAAAGCUUAUGCACUCCAAGUGUGCAACUAUCAAAAAUUAACUUUUGACAUUCAUCACGUGUUAUUGGCCCAAAUCUGUCAAACUUGUUAUGUAUGCACCAAUUUUAUUGGGAAAAAUGUCAAACUUGAUUGCUCGAUGACCAAGAAAUGAUGACAUGUGUAAUUUUGGUGAUCAACAUAUUUUUGGGCAAAAAUUGUUAAAAUCGUUAUUUAUGUACCGGUUUUUUGUAGGGAAGAAGAACUCGUAUCGACUUCGGGUUUUCACUAGAUGUGGAACUAUCAAAAAUUUAAAAUUGAUUGUAGCAUCUAUCACUUUAUUGCUCAAUUACGACCUAAAUCCUUAUUUGUGCAACAUUUUUCGUGGGAAGAAGACCAAAUUCGAUUGCUCGAUGCCCCAGAAAUGAUACAUGUGUAUUGUAUCGACUUUAAAAGCAGUCUUCAUCGACCUCUAUGUGAGAAGGCUGUGCUGUCCAUAAUCACUCAACAACCCAACCUUUGACUGGCUGCCCCCGUUUAAACCUAGUCUGCCCCAUGUUCAUCAUAUCAUAUUCAUUUUAAUUUUACCUUAAGGGAACCACCUAGUAGACGAUAGAAGAGAGAUACAUCUGCACUGAUAAUGUUGCAUACUUGAUAUAAAAUCUCAGUGUAGUAGACUGUUUUAUUAAUGAACUGAAUGCAUCCUGUCAUCUGACACGCUAAUGAUGAACUCUACCCACUUAACAUCUUUUACUAACCAAAUCUACCAACUUACAUAUAUUACUUAACUAUAUACAACAGAUAAAUAUCCUCCAAGCUUUAUUACAAGUAUGAAGCAGAGUGCCCAGUUUGUCAGAUGGAGCCACAAUUUCAUUUCAUAGUCAUUUACAAUGAUGCAUCAGGUUGUAGCAUAAAUGUAUAAAAAAACUUGAGAUUUGCAGUUUCUUUGCAAGCCGGUCUCAUCUUCUGAUUUGAUUAUUAAACCCACUAGGUAUAAGUACAGUCAAGUUGUAGCUUUAUCUUGAAAUAUUAUACGCCUCACAAAGGCACGUAGUAUAUGCACAGGUAAGUAUAUUUCUUCUUACUCUUACAGGUGUCCUUUCAUUUGGCAGUGCCCCAUUGGUAGACCUCUCAAUCGGUACUUAUACUUCAUUUUUUUUCGCUUUCAGUCCUGUUCAUGGUUGGAUAUAUGUAUAUGCGGUACCUACCCAUCCUACUCACCUGCAGCAAUCCAUAUUGUGCAAGAAGUAUUUCUAGAGGCAAAAAAACAUGUUCUAGUAAGCAAUUAACAAUAAAUAUUAAGAAAUUCCUUAAAAAAAAUACCUAACACAGAUCAUUAUACAGACGAAUUCUGGAGAAUUGUUAAAUAAUCACUACCUAAUAAUAUUGCACCCCUAUGAAUUUGUUAGACAUUGCACACAGUUAGAAAAUUUUCAUUGAUAUGGAUUUGCUUUCGGUAUAUAUACAUUAUUUUUUCCAAAACGUGUAACUGAAUGCAAGGCCUCUUUACGCAUGCUCUCUUCCUCCACCACGUAUACAGUAAGUUUUUUUUAAAUGCAAACAUAGGAGUUUUCAUACAAUGUAAUUUCUCUAUGUUCGAUUUAAAAAAAAAACACAUCAAUCUAUGAGGUGUGCGCGGUUCACAUUCCCAAAUCGCGCAACUUGAGUUACUAUGAACAGCAACUCCAUAGUCUUUAUGAUGAA